CCAUCGUGUGCUCUUUCCUGUUUUUUAGAUGGGGUGAAUUAAAUAUGACUGAAUUGCAAGAACAUGAUGACAACGCAACAAUUAAUGAAACAGAAACGGACAACGAAAAUGUUUUAGUGGAAAGAAACGGCGAGUUUUUGGUUGGAAAUGAUAAUAGAAAUGAGAAAUUUGAAAAUGAAGGCAGCAAUGGCGGUCAAACGAGGGAACCAGACGCUCAGUCUGAAAGUGAGUUGCGAGAAUACGCGGAUGAAAAUGAAGUCAUUCAAAAUGAAGGUGUCAAUGGCGAUGCUAUUCCAGAAGAAUUGAGUACCACGGAACACCAGAAUGUUGAUACAUAUGCUGAAAGCAGAACGGGAAAAACAGAAAAAACUGUAAAAAACCGGUCGGAGAAAAGCUCAGCUAUUUCCUCUCCCACGACAAUAAGUUUUAAAAGCGAAAAAAGUAGAACUUUGGAGAUGAUCGAGGACGCAAGAAAAGAACACGCCAGAAAAAUGAAACGUCAGAGAGAUGCAGCUCGGAAACAACAAGAAGAAUUACAAGCCAAAGAAAAGGAGAGUCGAGCCAUUUUUGACGAAUGGUGUCGUCAGAAAGACCAAGAAGCGAGAGAAAAACGAAAGAAAGACCGACAGCAGCGCGAAAAGUUAUACGAGGAAAUCAAUAAGGAUGACAAGGAGGAGCGUGCGCGGGCUAGUUUUCAUGAGUGGGUUCGGGAGAAGGAGCGACAGAGUGAAAGGGACAAGUUAAUGCUGCAGUACAAGCGACAGGAAGAGCAGAUGGCACAGUUCACACGAACCCAGGAGGACUCGGACAUCGCAUUCAAAAAGUGGCUGAAGCAGAAGAAACGACAAGAGGAGGAGCAAGUGAAGUCGAUGCGACAACGCACAAGACGCACUGAGAAGAUGAGACAAAAGUGGGAGAGGUACAACUACCGCAGUUUCUUCGACAACACACCACUCUGAACUGGUCAGCCCAACCAGCGAUCGAUGAAAGAAACACUCUUGUGCCAUGUAGUUUUAAGUGGGAUACGGGUUGAAACUAGGUAACCUGUAUGUAAGAUAUGAUAUUGAAACAACCACGCAAAAAAAGGUGAAUAGUUGUAGAAUUGCGACUGGCUGUACCCAUGUUGCCAAAUAAAAGUGCUGCCAACAUGCAAAUAAUGUCGAUGCUAUGUAAAUUUGUAUUUAAAAAAUUUGAAAGUUUGUAUAUACGGGGCCUGUAUAGUUUUUAUAAAAUAAAGCUGUACAAUAUGUAUAUAGUUUCAAAUUAUAUACCUUAACAUAUUAGACUGUUUGUAAAAAUUUAAUUUUUUUCCUUUGUUCA